AGUUAUAAAAAGAUUUUCAAUCGAAUAACAUCGUCUAUUAUUUUUGGUGUCUUAAUAAACGUGAGUUAAAGUCUUAUUGGUAGCGAUGCGAGGUUUUCCUUUGUUAGCUAUCGCAGUACUUUUUGUAAGCUUUUCUAAUGCUGAUGUAAUACAGAAGAAUAUUUCAUUUGAAAAUACUGCAAAAUCAAGGUUUUCAUGUCGAGGCAGAAAUAAUGGCUAUUACGCAGAUGUUGAAAGUGGCUGCCAAACAUACCACUUGUGUGACGUACAGGGACGUCAAUUUACUUAUGCAUGUCCAAAUGCCACAUUAUUCCAACAACGAAUGACGAUCUGCGAUCAUUGGUAUAUGGUUGAUUGCUCCCAAUCAGAAAAAUUCUAUGCAUUAGAUAAGCUGACUUUUAAAAAGGAUGAUUCUCCAAAGCUAGAAAAACAUUUAAAUGUUCUCGAUGAAACAAAUUUUGAAAACUUAGAGACACAAGAGACAAGAAAUGUCCCAUCCCAAAAUUUCAAGCAACUUAUUGAUCCAACAAGGGUAGCUUUUUCAGAUGACAUCUCAAAAACACUUAAAAGGAGUGAACGAAGAGAUUCUAAUAUUAAUAUUCCAGCGACGAGUAUUGAACCUCCGAAACUACCAUUUCAGUUCAAUCAAAAAGCAAUAAGUGUUGAAAAGUCAAAAACGUCUUCGAUAAAUAACCAAUUCAUAUCUCAGCAAAGAAAACCUCAGUCACAGCAACAACAAUUGAGUUCUCAAACAACCAAAAAACCGGUAGUUCGCACAUUUGAUCCAGACAAAAAUUAUAAGGCUUUCGAACACAUAUUCCAACCGGGAAAAAAAGCAACACAUAAAGAUUAUGACUUUUCACGCUAUUUUACCAAAAGAAUCAGUGGACAAGCAACACCUAUACCAGUACAGCGGCGACAAGAUAUUGUACAACGAGGCAGUAAUAAUCCAGGUGAAAUUUUUAAAACUCGAAAUAAUUCUGAAAGAUUCAAUCAACAAGCUGUAAAGAAGACCACGGUUACUACUCCCAAGCCUUCACCUGUAACAAUUAAGACAACAACGCGUCCUGUUUAUAGGACAACAAUUCCAACAAGGAAUCCUGUACCGGAAACUUCAACGUUCUCUAGGAUAUUAUUACCACAAGUGAACACUGCUAAAAAUAUUUUUAAACAAGCAAAUAAAGCUAACUUGAAUGUUAAGACACCUGAACGUGGUCUUUUACCACCUAAAUUGGACAAUGAAAGUGAAACACAAUCAAAACAUAAUACGCGUUCAAUAGCAGAUACGAGUUUUGAUUUCAAUAACACUCAAAGAAGAAGUGGUGAAACUAAGCAACUACUAAAUGGAAGCUCGAAAAAAAUAGAGUAUAAGGAUUUACAAAAAUUAUUUUCAAUUCCAGCAUUUGUAUUUCCAAUAGAGUUGAAUGGCCGCGAUGGCUACGAAAAUGCUGAGGCCGUGAACUCAUUUCAAGUUAAGAUCCCUUAUAAAAAAGGGAAUACAGAACGUUAUUAUUACCUUGAACAUGAACACUGCAAUCCUGAGUGUCAUCCUUACUUUUUCCGACCACGUAGUUGUGAACCUUGUGUUAAAUUAUAAAAACAACUUAAUAAAUUUUGAUUAGAAAUGUUUUGUAGUUUAAGAAAAAAGAAAAAAAACAUCACCAAGUUUAAGUUGAUUUACUAGACUUGCUUUUUGUAGAUUAAUAAAAUAAAUGAUUCAAGUUUUUUGACAGUUUCUUUUUCAAGAUAUGUACAUGGAUGCUACAACGCAACGGAAAGAAGAUACGUUAUAACAAAUAAAUUUAAAUUUCUCUUAAAAACCUUGUCACAAUAUUGGGUCGGAAGCUAUGAACUUUGUCGUAACAAUAAUUAUGAAAUUUCAUGAUGAAUUGGUAUAGCUUAACAAACGAAAGGUCAUGUUUAACCGAUUAGUCGAAAGAUCAUUGUAAAUUGGAUCGGUGAACCAAAACUUUAUAAUAUACGUCGGAGUUUCGAUUUUUUUGGACCCUGAAACGUGGAUCGAUGAAUCAUUUUAGCAAUUAAAUCAACUCAAAUGAUCGCCUUAAGACUUAUCUUGAAAUACAAAUUGAACUUUUAAAAUUCUGCUAAACGGAAAAGGAUAUUAAAGAUACCUUACAAAUAGGUCUGUAUCAUGUUUGUAUAUAUAUUUUUUUUUUACAAUAAAUGGUAUAAAUAAAAGUCUUUGUCAAUUAGAUCGAAAUAA